UGUGUGUGCAGAGUGGGAGCCGAGGUAGAGUACUGCUAAGUUGUGAUGGAGGAGGUGGACAUCACCACCACUUGUGAAUCUGUCGCUCUCCACUCGUUUCGCUGCCUCGCGGCCAGAACCCGGACUCCUGAUGAAUUUAAGGUUUCCCAAGGGGACGCUACUGAGAAGCUGGCUCACCAAGUCGCGGCCCCGGUUGCUGCUGCUCAUCGCCGGGUUGAAGAGGCCUCAGGUGACACUGAUGAGGAGGAAAAGGAUGAAGCGCACAAAAGUAGCAAAGGCCACGUAAGCGAAGAACUCUGAUGACCUCGGUUGUUUCCUCCAGAACCUGCAGUCGAAUGCCCCACUUCACCUGAGUCCUCCCCAGGGACGGGCGUCUCCGUAGACAUGGAAGAGGAAGAGGAGGAGGAAGAGGAGCGUGAACGACCUUUGCCCCAGCGACGAACUCAAACCCAGGAACCACAGAACAGAUCGAAGCCAGAGAACAAAGCACAGAGAUCCAGACCUCCAGAUUAAUCCGGAUUACACCAGACCUGGACCGCCAGCCUUCUCACCCCCCUCUUCAAAUGUGUUUUGGCUCAUUCGACUGUAAUGACUGUGGCCUGUUCAUCUCUUCUACCCGACGACAAACUGUUGGUGGAACUCAGCUGUCCCUGUGUUCUCAGUUUUCCAGGUUGAUGUGUUUGAGUCUCAGAAGAUGAAGCAACUGCUGAUUAAACUCUGAAAUCUGACAGGGCGCCCCCUGCUGUCUCACGUUCUUCUGUCAGAGCCAAACACUCAGUAGCUUCACACGACAAACACCAGAAGACGUGUGAACGCUACAAACCUGUGUGAUGAUCCAAACACCGCAUUUAAAAAAACAAGGUUUCUUAUCAUGUUGUUUUUGCUCAAUAA